AUGGAGAGCAAGUUUUCCCAUGAUAUUGAACCAGUUGCUCAGGAUUGUGAAAAUAAUGAACAAUUUGGGUCUCGAGACAGAAGGGAUAUUGAAAAUCAACUUCCCGACUCUGUACUAAUUCUUAAUGGAAUGAAAGUGAAUUAUGAAAAUGUGUGUGAAAUUCUUUGGCGGGCUGCUGUGGAAGAUAAUUGGAGGCUUGCUGAACAAAUUUUUAACAAGGAUCCAAGCUUUGUUCGUCAAACGAUAUCGGACCAACUUGGAACAAUACUUCACAUUGCAGCAACAACAAAAAGCACCCGAUUUGUGCGAGAGCUAAUGAAACUGAUUGAAGUAAGUGACUUGGAAGUGAAAAAUAAAUACGGGAAUACAGCUUUUUUUCUUGCAGCAGGGUCAGGGUUCAUUGAAAUUGUUAAAGCAAUGAGGGGAAAAAAUGAGAAUCUACCGAACAUCCGUGGUUACCAGGAAAGAUUACCAAUCACUUUGGCAGCUCUGAAAGGGUAUAAAGCUAUGGUAUCAUACCUUUUUGAGGUCACAAGUUUUGAUGUGAUACAACAACAAGAACGCUUAGACCUUCUUCGGCACACUACCCAGAAUGAGAUGUAUGAUGUAGCAUUAUAUAUACUUAAGAAGGACAGAAAAUUAGCCAGUGAAACGUUACAAGAAAGUGUUAGUGUCUUACACAUUCUAUCUGGAAAGUCCUUAGUGAUCAGUAACCGCGAAGAAAAUUUGAAGAGAUUCAUUGAAGGAGUGCUAAAAUUGCUUCAAACUUCGGGGGUACUCCCAGAAAGAUAUGUACCGGAGAAACAAGCAGGUCUACUACUUGAGGAGCUAUUGGCGGAGUGUAAAAGAAGUGCAAAGGAUAAGCUAUCGGACGUACUGAUAAAUGAAGGCUUGAUCCGUUGGGCUGCAAUAGCAGGAAAUGUAGAGUUUUUAGUUCUGGUUAUUCACAGUUAUCCUGAUCUUAUAAACUACCUUGACCUAAAGGGCCGGACCAUUUUCCAUGUUGCGGUUUUACUUCGAGAGGAAAAAAUCCUCAGUCUUAUACAUCAAAUAGGAGGAAUGAAAGACUCUCAUCUUCCAAGAUGUGAUAUCGAUGGAAAUAACAUUAUACAUUUGGCUGGGAGGUUAGGGGUCACAAAUUAUGAAAUAUUGUAUAAUAAUACUGGCCAACAGGACAAGAUUAUGCCGCCAUCGUUUCUCAAGGUUUCUGGAGCAGCGCUUCAAAUGCAAAGAGAGAUAAUGUGGUUCAAGGAAGUGGAGAAACUUUUACCACCUUCACACCACCAGAUGAGAAACAAAGCUGGAAAAAUGCCAAGGGAAUUAUUCACCGAAGAGCAUAAGUUAUUACUAAAAGAAGGGGAAAGGUGGAUGAAAGACACUGCAAAUUCUUGUAUGAUUGUAGCAGCUUUGAUUGCCACGAUGGUUUUUGCUGCAGGCUUUACUGUGCCAGGCGGUAAUAACGGCGAUAAUGGUAUUCCAAUAUUGCUAAAAUUCAAUGGAUUUGCGGUCUUUGUCAUAUCAGAUGCAGUGGCUCUAUUCAGCUCAAUCAUUUCCAUAAUUAUGUUCUUGUCCAUUCUGACGUCUCGCUAUGCUGAAGGUGAUUUUCUUGUGUCAUUGCCUGCCAAGUUAUUCUUCGGACUUACGGCGUUGUUUGUCUCAAUAGUUAGCAUGCUCUUGGCGUUUACAGCAACCUUCUUUUUGGUCUACAGUAAUCAUACGGGUUGGGAGCCAAAGCUCAUUGCUGCCUGUGCUGGUAUUCCUAUAGCUUUAUUUGGGUGUUUACAGUAUAAACUAUGGUUUGAUGUGGCAAAAUCGACAUAUUCGUCCAGGUUCUUUCUUAGACCAGGAAAGCACAAACUCUUUUAA